AUGGAUGUAUUGGAGUUCCCGGAGACAGGCCAAGGCCUCCGAUCUUGGAUUCGUGUUGAUGCGUCGGCAAAUUCCCAAGCACUUGAGAUCGACAAGUUGACCAUAAUACGUCGUUGUGGUAUAUCAACUCGUGAUCUACGGAUUCUUGACCCCCUGUUUGUUUACCCCCCAACCAUCCUUGGUAGAGAGAAGGCUAUCGUUGCUAAUUUGGAGAAGAUGCGGUGUAUUAUCACCGCUGACGAGGUCCUGCUCUUGAAUACCCUUGACAGAAACGUUUUGCAGUACGUGAUGGAGCUGCAGAAACGACUAAGAAGCACUGGAGUAGCUGAAUUGAACCCAGGAGGCAGCGGUUCCAGGAGUUUUAGGAGCACGUCUUCCUAUAGUCCCUUCGAGUUUAGGGCUCUUGCAGUUGUUUUGGACGUUGUUUCUGGCUCUCUUGAUUCUGAGGCAUCAGAAUUAGAAAUGGAAGCAUAUCCAUUGCUCGACGAGCUCACAUCAGAGGUAAGUACCUUCAACCUGGAACGAGUUCGCGGAUUGAAGAGCGGCCUUGUUGCAUUGACUCGAAGAAUUCGUAAGAUUCGAGAUGAGGUAGAGAAUAUAAUGGAUGACAAUGAAAAUAUGGCUGAAAUGUAUCUUACUGAGAAGAAGAGAAAGAUGGAAUCGUCAUCAUUAAUUUCUGAUGAUCAGUCUUCUUUGGUGGGAAUAUUCAGAUCAAAUGAAGGAGCCUCUGAAGCAUCUGAUCCUAUAAUAUGUCCUCCUGUUUCUUCACCCUCAGGCUUCCGAAGCCUGACGAAAAACUGGAGCAGCUUAAGGAUCCGGCGCAAGAGCAUGAUGAUGAGUUCAGAGAACACUGCGAAGAGUGUGGAAGAGUUGGAGUCGUUACUGGAAGCACACUUUGUUGUCAUUGAUAGCAUUCUGAAUAAGUUGAUAACGUUGAAGCAACACAUUGAUGACACAGAAAAUUUCCUCAACAUUCAGAUGAAUCAUCUUCGAAACCGACUGAUCCAGUUUGAGUUGCUACUCACAUCGGCCACGUUUGUUCUUGCCAUAUUUGGGAUAAUAAUAGGAAUAUUUGGCAUUAACUUUCCAGUACCAUUAUUUAAUGAUUCUCAUACAAUUAAGCUGGUCCUCAUCAUUACUAGCAUUUGUGGGAUCAUCUUAUACUGUGCAUUAGUGUGUUUCUACAAGUGGAGGAAGGUUCUGCUGCUCUAA